AAGUGCAUUCUGGGAAUAUGUCACGCACAAACACUUUUAAGAAUAUAUAAGUAGAUAUCAAGUUAAUAAUAUAAUCGAAAAUUUACUUCUGUUAUAUUAAGUCGAUGUAGAUAAUGCAACAUAACGUUUUAUGAUAAUACAACAGUGAACGUUCGAUGCGUUAAUAUAACAAUGGCGGAAGGAUCGGAGGUAUGUUAUUUCGAUUUACGGGUUGUACAUGAUCAUUUUGACAAAGCUCUUGUGCAGGAUGAUGAUGUUGAUAUUAAAGCAUAUUUGGAUGCCUACAAUGAAUUAUACAAGUUUUUCCAACUUAUGGGCAGUGUAUUCAGUUUUGUUUCUUCUGAUUUAAAGCAAAAGAUCGACAUUCUUGGUGACUUAUUAAAUAAAAAUGAUCGAAAUUAUAUAACCAUCAAGACUAUGAUCGAGUAUGAAAAAGAAAACAAACUUUUAGAGAAAGCAGAUUAUGUUAAUGGAGCACGUACUUUGCUGCGACUCCACAGGGGCUUAGAUUUUAUAAGAGAAUUUUUACAUCAACUAGGAGAGAUAAGUGACACUGAUAAAACAUCUACUUGCUGCCAAGAUGCAUAUAAUAAAACCUUAGCAAAACAUCAUCCAUGGGUAAUACGUAAAGCUGCAGUAGUAGCAAUGUAUACUAUGCCUACUAGAGAAUUAUUAUUUAAAAAGGUUUGCGGUGUGAAUGUACAACGAAAUGUAGAUAUUCUACCAAAAAUGCUUGAAGUUACUGUCGAUGUACUCAAUCGUACUCAUACUUUAUUUGAAUUGCAUCAGCUGCACACCUUGCCAUGAAAAGGAAAGUAUUGUGAUUAACUGAAAGUCUAUACGUCAGCUUUCACCAACUUUGGUUGAAUUCGCAAAGUAUAAAUGUUUGUGAAACGCAAUCAAUGAUAAUUGCGUUAUUAUACAGGGUGUUUCAGUAGCUUUGUAACAAAUAAUUAUCAGGAUAACUAUUGGUCAUACAAGGAUAGUUCUUGUUUAAUUUUUAAAUUUUAUUUUAUAAUAUGAGUAUCUGUGUAACAGAUUCUCAGAAAUGGCCUUACAACCAUUGAUUUUGAUAAUCAAUUAAUAUCUUACUUAUCUAAAAUUAUUGAACAAACAAGUUAACAUUAAUACUUUAUAAUAAAGUUAUUGAAUCAUCUUGGUAAACAACAUUACAGAUCACUAUAUACAAGCACGCUCGUUUUGUAAUAUUUACGUUAUAUAACAAUUUAUAAUUAUAUUAACUGAAUACGUACAAAUAGACGUUAGUAUGCGAACGUCUUUCUCAGCCAUAGCAUAUCAUAUACCGAAAAAAUAAAACAUUCCUUUCAUGCAUUUUGAUAACAAAGAACACGAAUUAAUUUUCCUGUAAGUAACUACGUCAUAUAUUAUAUUUAUAAAAUUAAUGAACGUUUAUACAAUAAUAAUCUUUAUGGAAAAAUGUACAUGGUAAAUGAAUCAUA